CGAACCUUAUUAGGAAACUGUUGAGAGUUAUGCAAGCAGCCUCGAUGCAAAUCGACGAGCAUUAAACAGUUACAUACAUCUGUGAGCAGUUUAUAAAUUGUGUUAACAGAGCCUUUUUACAAAGAAUCUCAAUACACUAGUGACCAACGCGACCACAACAAUGGUGCAUCUCGAUCCGUUACGCUUUUGUCGCAAAAAGCGUAAAAUUCCGCAGGGUGGAGCAAUUCUGGAUCAAGUAAUAUCGCAGUCCGCUUCGGCUUCGAACCAAUGUUUGCUGUACAAGAUGGCCAACUACAAGCGUGGCGGAGAUCUGAUCGAUGCCUUCCAGAUCGGUGGUCAAAAAGCGGUGGAGCAGCUGAUCCGUGAACAAUUUGGUGUAUUCAUGUACAACAAGGGCCGUGGCCAGAUCAUCAAUCGGGCUGAAUAUCUACGGUGGAAGUAUAUGGAUAACCAUGAGGUGAUCAUUCCGAUAGAAGCGUCCCUUUCGCCGCAUGAUCCGCUCAGUAAAUGGGUCGACCAUAAAGCAUGCUGGCAGAUGCAGUACCGAGGUCUUUUGGGCGAAAGUUUGCUGCACGUCUUAAUUAUUUGUGACACGAAAAUUCACACCAAAUUGGCUCGGAUCUUGCUGCGUGUCUUUCCAGAGCAGGCGAUCGAUGUGAUGGAGGGUGAGGAGUAUCUUGGUGCAAGUGCUCUUCACCUUGCCAUAGCGUACAGCAAUAACGAACUGGUCGGAGAUCUUAUCGAUGCAGGAGCGGACGUUUCACAGCGUGCGACUGGGCGAUUCUUCCUGCCACGCGAUCAGCAAGGACUCCGACCUGUGAAGACCACCGACUACGAGGGUCUUGCAUACCUUGGAGAAUAUCCACUCGCGUGGGCUGCCUGCUGCGCUAACGAAUCGGUAUAUAACUUGCUGCUAGAGUGUGGAGCUGAUCCUAACGCACAGGAUAGCUUCGGCAACAUGAUACUCCACAUGGUGGUGGUCUGCGACAAACUGGACAUGUUCGGCUACGCACUGCGCCAUCCAAAAUUACCGUGCAAGAACGGUAUCGUCAAUGCCGCUGGUUUAACACCGCUCACACUAGCCUGUCGACUCGGCCGUGAUGAGGUAUUUCGCGAGAUGUUGGAACUGUCGGCAAGAGAAUUCUGGCGCUACAGUAACAUUACCUGCUCGGGCUAUCCGUUGAACGCACUCGAUACGCUAAUGCCGGACGGCAGCACCAACUGGAACUCGGCACUGUUCAUCAUCCUGAACGGCACGAAGGAGGAACAUCUCAACAUGCUGGACGGUGGUAUCGUGGAGCGUCUGCUGGAUGAAAAAUGGAAAACGUUCGCACGCAAUCAGUUUAUCAAGCGGUUGCUUAUCCUUGCCAUACAUCUGUUUUGUUUGUCCUGCUCGGUUUAUCUACGUCCGGUACGUAUCUUUUCCGACGACGAUGAGGAUGACGGUGCGGAUACAGCCGGUGAUCUGUCGGUAAAUGAUGGCACGGAUACGGACGAUACAAGCGAUCCACCGAUCGAUGAGGAUAUCGAUUUUACCACCUGGGUUCGGUACGGGUUUGAAGUCGCAACCGUAAUGGGUGUGCUGAGCUACGUAGUACUACAGCAGGGUGAUGAGAUCAAGAACCAGGGCCUUUUCUCAUUUCUCAAGUCAUUGGGUCAAGCACCGGCAAAAGCCAUUUUUCUAAUCUCCAACAUCCUGAUUCUGGCCUGUAUUCCACUACGCAUGAUGGGUGACACGGAGACAGAGGAGGCAAUCUUGCUGUUUGCGGUACCAGGCAGCUGGUUUUUGCUAAUGUUCUUUGCUGGAGCUAUUGGACUAACAGGUCCAUUUGUGACGAUGAUCUUCUCCAUGAUUACGGGAGACAUGUUUACGUUUGGCAUUAUCUACAUGAUCGUACUGUUUGGCUUCUCGCAAGCAUUUUACUUCCUCUACAAAGGGCAUCCCAAUGCGGAGGAUAGCCCAUUCGGUAGCUAUUUCGGUACUUGGAUGGCACUGUUUCAGACCACACUUGGUGAUUAUGAUUAUGCUGAUCUAAACCUAACAACGUACCCCAACCUGGCAAAGACGGUGUUUGUGAUCUUCAUGAUCUUCGUGCCUAUUCUGCUGCUUAACAUGUUGAUUGCUAUGAUGGGCAACACCUACGCCUAUGUUAUCGAGCAGGCAGAGAAGGAGGGAAUGAAGCAGUGGGCGAAGAUUGUAGUAAAUCUGGAGCGUGCAGUAACGCAGGACGAUGCAAAGCGUUACCUAGAGGAGUACUCAAUCGGGCUCGGACCUUCGGAUGAUCCACGGUACGAAACACGCGGCGUAAUGGUGAUCAAGAGCAAAAGCAAAACACGCGCCCGUCAGCGUAAAGGUGCGGUUAGCAACUGGAAAAGUGUACUGCGCGUAACACUGAACGAGCUGAAGAAGCGUGGAAUGACGGGGGAGGAACUUCGGCGCAUUAUGUGGGGCCGUUCGUCCAUCACCUCACCCGCGAAGAUUGCGAAGAAAAAGCGUCCGGGCGAGGUUGACGAUUUGUUGGGCGAUCCGUUCGCCAUUACUGCUGCGAUUGACGUGAUGUCAUUCACGCAGGACAUCGUCAUGGUGAGUACGGAAACGGUGUGCCCGAUAAUGCCGCCUACGACGACGACCACGGCUAGGAAAGCUUCCGUUACGGCUGUACCUGGUGUAACGGGUGGUGCUGCUGCUGCUGUUGUGAAACCACCGGUACCGGGUGCGGUUGAGAUAACUCAACGGCAGCAACCGACACGUCGUCACUCAACGGCCAGUGCACCUGCGACGCUUAAUCUGGGCACGGAGGCGAAACUCGAUUACAAAGAUCCGCUGCGCGAGCUUGUUAUCAUCUCUGAGUCUGCCUCGGUGGACGAGAACUAUGCGCAGAAUGUUAAAACGCUCGCCAUCGAUGCGUCGACGUUAGAUCAUGUGCACGAAAUCGACAUCAGUGCAAUGCCACCGCCCGGUGCACUCUAUCGGCGAGAUCCCGUACCGCAGCAACAGCAAGCCACCACACAGCAACAACCGGCCGGUCCGGGAGCGCAGCAGCAAAACCUCGGCCAGCUAACGCUCUUCCAGAACCCGAAGGACGUUGUCGAUCCGGUGCGCGAAAGGGAAUUUCUGAAAACGCUCGAAGCGCUCGAAGACACGGACAGUGAGGCCGGUGAGAAACCGGUGCUGGGCAAAAUAUCUCUUAUCCGGCGCGCGAAAUCGGCUGUAUCACGUAGCACCUCGCGGAAGCGCAAAACCGACCAGCACCCGUUGUUCAUGAUAGCCUGGGAAGAUAAAGGUGAUCAGCUGGGAUCACCGGCCGAUCAGUUUGCGGGUAGGUUGGGGCAACCGGGUGGACUGCUGUACGGUUCUGCCUCACCGGCACAGGGUGCAACGUCCGGUACGAUGGCACCGGGUGAAGCACCGGAACAAGACGCCGUCACUGUCGAGGAGCUGCAUCGCCGCAUGGAGCAAUUUCACCAGCGAAGCCGUGGCUCAUCGGUACGCGAACGGGACGCAAACUCGAGCGAAAGCAGCAGCAAACAGCAUCCGAAGGUGCGCAAAUCAUCACACCAGCGUGACCAUAGCCACCAUGGGUUGGGCCGUGGUAAACAUAACAAAAUUUCACCCGAUAACUCCAACGAAAGCACUGGCGGUGGCAGCAAUGGGAAGCAGGACAAACGCAUGAAGUCUGCCCCAACAAUGGGCAGCAGCAGUGCCAGUGGUGGUGGUGGUACUGGUGGGCGUACGACUGUCGGUGCCAGACCCGAUGAUGGUACCAGCUCGCCACCGGAUCCUCUCGAACCGUGGAGCACGAAAAACAUCAUGAACAUCAACAAACUCUUAGAUCAGGAUACAACCGAGGAGUAGUGAUCCCGGUGGUGGAAACACUAAAACAAAACCAAAAAAACAUUUUAAUCGCAUUCUUAAACAUUAUUUUCUAGCUAAAUACUCUUUUUUCGAGGUGAAAAGCUUACUUUUUAAAUUACACACACUUACUUAUUGAAAUACAGAAAUACUUAUUGCAGUAAGAACCACCCUGUAAUCCAGGAAAUAGUAAGACAGCUCAUUACUGCAGUUGAUUUGUAGUUGAUUGUAGUAGAAGUGAAGGAAUUAUACACGUUACGAAGUUUACUGCUAAUCUCCCUCUCUCUCUCUCUCUCUCUCUUAUCUUACAACGCUGUAACGGAUAACGUCUCCACUUAGUUCCUUAAUAUUGCAAACUCGCACAGGGGUAUAAAUUCGACUAGACCGAGUCCCCAAUUUGUGUAUUGAUUCACUCCAAUUUGGACGGGUAAAACAAGUUUUAAAACAACGCAGACAUAGAAUCAAUUACGGCGCAAAAGAAUUAGAUGUGCAUUUCGAUUCAAUAAAGGAUUUUUAUUCUA